AACACUCAGGCCACCUCUUUUAUUACUUCAUUAAUCACAACCUCUAUAGAUUCAACUGGAACACACGAAAAAAUGAAUUUCGUCGAGGUUAGUAAAAUUAAUGGAAAGGACGCAAUAGUUAGUCAAGGUGAUAUUAGAUUAAGCGAAGUUGAGGUUGUGAUUAAUGAAGUAAUAAAAGAGGUGGCCUGA